AUGGCCUCGAGCGAUUCCACAAUUCCCGCUAGAGAUUAUGGGUCAUUCAAGCUAUUGCAAUCGUUCCCCAUCAAAUACGCACCUAUCACAGUAUCAAAAUGGCGCAGUGAUAAGACAGGUUUAACAGUUGUACUAGGUAGUCAUCAAGCCCCUAUAACGAAUGGGUAUUUUGCUAUAGCUUCUGAGAUCUUCGAUGAUACAGGUCGACCGCAUACAUUAGAACAUUUGAUUUUCCUUGGAUCAAAAUCAUAUCCGUAUAAAGGUGUUUUGGAUUCUUUGGCCAAUAGAGCAGGAAGUAAUGGAACAAACGCUUGGACAGCGAAUGAUCAUACGGCUUAUACCAUAGCUACGGCUGGAAGUGAAGGUUUCUUAAAGAUGUUACCAGUAUAUGUAGAUCAUAUCUUACACCCAACUAUCGAUGAUUCUGGAUUUGUCACAGAGGUAUAUCAUAUAAAUGGAGCUGGAGAAGAUUCAGGUGUAGUCUAUAGUGAAAUGCAAGGACGAGAAAACACUUCUGGUGAUCUUAUGGCUUUAGAGACCCAGAGAACGCUGUACCCUCCUACUUCGGCUUACAGAAGUGAGACCGGUGGAUUGUUGCACAAAUUACGAGUAUUGACAGCGCAACAAAUUCGAGAUUAUCACGGUAAAUACUAUCAGCCAUAUAACCUAUGUCUUGUGAUCGACGGUGCUGUACCCAUACCGGAGCUAUUCGAUGUACUCAACAAUAAGGUAGAUCCUUUGAUACUUGAACAACGCAAGCAAGUACCUGUCAUCACUCCACCUGAAGACUGGCAAAGACCUUUUGUAGAAUCCACGACAGCUCACCCGCUCGGUAUACCCGAAUCAGUAACAAAAGUAGUAGAGUUCAUGGAAGAAGAUGAAUCUGUAGGAGAAAUAUCGUUAACGUACUUAGGUCCCUCACCAACGGAUUACUUUACCAAUACUGCAAUCAAUGUUUUGACGGAUUACCUCUCACUUUCGGCUACUGCUCCACUGUCAAAAGAAUUCAUCGAGAUUCCGAAACCUUACUGUACAUCUAUUGACUUUUACUCUUCCGACAGAGUCAAUCACAACGAAGUCCAAGUUUACAUCGCUGAUGUCCCAGCCAAACAUCUGCAAAGUAUGGGUCAGAAAUUUAAAGAUGCGUUGACAAAGACAGUCAAGGAGAAGGAUAUUGAUAUGGAACGGAUGGGCAGGAUCUUGCGCAGAGAUAAGAGGAAACUGUUAGAUUAUAUGGAAAGCAGAGCGACCGAUACGUUGGCCGAUGCUGUCAUUGGAGACUUCUUGUAUGGCGAAAAAGAUGGAAAGGAUCUUCCUAUAGCAUUUGAAGACUUGAAAGAUUACGCAACUCUCGAAUCUUGGAAAGCGGAAGAUUGGGUGUCGCUUCUCGACAAAUAUUACGCUUCUGCGUCCUCCAUCACGGUAAUUGGCAAGCCUUCUGCUGCAUUAUCAGCUAAAAUCGAGAAAGACGAAAAGGAACGUGUUGAGAAGCGAAAAGUUGAAUUGGGUGAGGAAAAACUCAAAGAGUUGGAAAGAAAGGUAGAGGAAGCAAAGAAGGCUAGCGAUGUGCCACCUCCUUCAGAAAUGAUAUCUGGCUUCCCAAUAACCGAUCCCGCUGGUCUUACUUGGGUACCCGUCGAGACAGCCAUCAACAAUGCCAAAGGCCAGAAUUUGAGAGUUGAUCAAGGAGAAGUCCAAAGACAUAUCGACGCGGAUAGUGUUGAGUUGCCAUAUCAGGCGCACUUCUCACAUGUCAAGUCGAAUUUCGUCAACAUUACUGCUCUUUUCGAUACAUUCGGCCUCCCACAACAUCUCAGCCCCUAUUUAACCCUUCUCACCAAUGCAAUAUUCAGUCUUGGUGUGAAAAGAGCGGAUGGUGCGGAGCUUUCUCAUGAGGAAGUGGUCAAUCAGCUCAACGACCUUACUGUAUCCCAAAACGCCUACUUCGAAUAUCGAGGUAAUUUCGCGGAAGUUUUAUGUAUCAGUUUGAAAGUCCAAAAGCACCAAUAUGAUGAGGCAGUAGCUUGGAUCCGGGACCUCCUCACCGGUGUCAUCUUCUCUAAAGACAGGUUAUCCGUGAUUGUCGCUAAACUGCUCCAAGAAUUGCCAAAUGAGAAGAGAGAUGGAAACACUAUUGCUGUAGCUUGGGCUAACAGAUUGACAUACGACGAAUCGAAAUCCGCUUCUCAGUCUUGUGAACUACUUAAUAGACUGGAAUUUACCCCUCAUGUGGCAGAGUUAUUGGAGAAGGAGCCCGAGACAGUCAUAAACGCACUGGAAGAGCUGAGAACUCACCUUCUUGAACCUAGCAAGAUGAGAGUCUCAGUGACGGGCGAUGUCCUUAGUCUGAGCAAGCCCCGAUCCGUAUUAGAGAAAUCCUUCUUACCUAUCAAUGAGGCUAAACCACUCGUCCCCUUAUCCACGUCCCUGCAAACGUUGACUGAUCUCGGUAAAAACCCCUCCAAAAAGUGCAUCAUUGUCCCCAUGCCAGCUAUCGAAGGAUCUUAUUCUCAACAUUUCGCAAAAGGACCAAUCGGUCAUGAUCAUCCUGACUUACCUGCUCUUAGACUUGCUUCGUCCAUCCUGAAUGCAAUGGAGAGUUACCUAUGGAAAUCCAUUAGGGGAAGUGGAUUAGCUUACGGUGCUCACGUUUCCGUGUACCCUGAACCUGGAUUAGUAGGAUUCUCAGUCUACCGAAGUCCGAAUGCCAUGUUAGCGUACGAAGCAGCUGGCAAAAUCAUGCAUGGAUUAGUAGAUGGUACUACCAAGCUUGAUCAAGAUAUAGUUGAUGGCGCAAGAUCAAGUAUGACAUAUGAUUACGCUCGACGAUCCGAAACGGUACUAGGAGCAGCUUCAACUGCAUAUCUAAACGAAGUACUCAAAGGUGUAGGCAAGAAUUAUGAUCAAGAAUUUUUGAAACAAUUACCUUCCAUCACUCUUGAAGAUAUAACAAAAGUAAUCGAAAAAUAUUUUUUACCAUUAUUUGAACCCAACACAGCUAUCGGUGCAGUCAGUGUAUCAACUUCGAAGUUGCAAGAAGUGGAAGACGGUUUCAAGAAAUUAGGAUUCGAAGUCGAAAAGAAGGAAUUGCCGGUCAUUCGAGGUGAUGAAGAUACGGAUAUGGAGAGUGGUAGUGAAGGUGGAGCUGAAGAUGAGACUAUGAGUGAGGGUGAGAGUGAGAAAUAA